CUCCUUCUCCAUCUAUACAUUUCUCAUUUUGCCAUACGUAACGCCAUCUCUCUCUCUCGCUUUUUUGCUGUCAUCCAAACUUGGACGCUUACCGCUUACCGCCGGACCCGGAACUCUACCGGCUUCAGCUCAGCCACUCGUCCAUGGCGGAAAGAGACCUACCAUUACCAAAGUUUGGAGAAUGGGAUGUCAACGACCCAGCAUCUGCUGAGGGAUUCACAGUGAUAUUUAACAAGGCUCGGAAUGAGAAAAGGACUGGUGGAAAGUCCGACCCUCCACCAAAGAUUAACUCUGCCUAUAAGCAUGGGUCGACUUUGGGAAAGCCUCAUUCCAAGAAAUGGUUUGCUGCAUGCAGUCUGCUUCGGCAGAUUCAUGAGUAGCUCUGGGCAUGAAGAUGUGACAAUGUCUGGGAAUUACUUUGUUGUUUUAUGAUCUCAAAUUUAUUGGCAGUGUGAGAUAAAAUAUGUUGCUGUAUUAUGUUAGAAAUUUAUUUAAUUUAUCUCUUCUUUUUUUA